AUGUCCAGUGUCACAGACCCAGAAGCACAAUACGAAUUAAUUACUAGGGACUUACAAGAAGUUUUAAACGGCCAAAUCAUUAAAGAUGUCUUAGUGAACGAAAAGAGACCGGUGAAAAUUUAUUGGGGUACAGCUCCGACCGGAAAACCUCAUUGUGGAUACUUUGUUCCUAUGGUGAAACUAGCUCAUUUUUUGAAAGCCGGAUGUGAAGUCAAGGUGUUAUUAGCAGAUUUGCAUGCAUUCUUAGACAACAUGAAGGCACCAUUGGAGGUUGUACAAUAUCGUGCCAAAUACUACGAAUGGGUGAUUAAAGCUAUUUUGAGGUCAAUCAACGUUCCUAUUGAGAAGUUGAUUUUUGUCGUUGGUUCUUCUUAUCAGAAAGAUGGCCCUUAUAUUAUGGACCUUUUCAAAUUAUCUAAUGUUGUGUCGCAAAACGAUGCUAAACGAGCUGGUGCUGAUGUUGUUAAACAAGUUGCAAAUCCAUUGUUGUCUGGAUUGAUCUAUCCAUUGAUGCAAGCCAUUGAUGAAGAGCAUUUGGGCGUAGAUGCUCAGUUUGGGGGUGUUGACCAAAGGAAAAUUUUCGUUUUAGCAGAGGAGAAUUUACCAAGUAUAGGAUACAAGAAGAGAGCCCAUUUAAUGAACCCUAUGGUCCCAGGUUUAGGUCAGGGUGGUAAGAUGAGUGCUUCUGAUCCAAACUCUAAAAUAGAUAUUUUGGAAGAACCAAAAGUGGUCAAAAAGAAGGUAAAUAGUGCUUAUUGUGCCCCCGGGGAAACCAAGGACAAUGGUCUUAUAGCCUUCGUUGAGUAUGUCAUACAACCUAUUCAUGAAUUGAAAACAGGAAAAACCGGUUCUUUUGAUCUUACUAUUGAUAGACCUGAGAAAUAUGGAGGACCAAUUCAUUAUGAUUCAGUUGAGCAAUUGAAAAAAGAUUAUACAAAAGGAAACUUGUCACCUCCUGAUUUGAAAAUUGGUGUCGCAGAUAGAAUCAACGAAUUGCUUGCACCAAUUAGAGAAGAAUUUGAAAAGAACGAAGAAUUUCAAUUAGCACAAAAGAAUGGGUACCCAGUUGAGCAACCCAAACAAGAAAAGAAAGUUAAGAAACCAAAGAACAAAGGUACAAAAUACCCAGGAGGUGGAAACCAAACUGGUAAUGUAGAUGCUAAAUCAGAAGCGGAUGUUGCAGCUACAGCAAAAAGUGUUGAAGAAGCGGUAAAGAAGAUAGAGGAAACUAAAAUAGAAUAA